UCCCCGGACAGCCAAUAAGCAAGCAAGCGGUCGAAGCCUUCCUUUGCAUAGAGCUGCUAUAAAUACAAGGCGCCGGCGCCCGGGCUGUAUUGCUGAGUCUCUCAGUGUUAAGGUAGAAGGUGAGAAUUGCUUGAAGAUGCCUGAGCCAGCCAAGUCCGCUCCAGCCCCCAAGAAGGGCUCCAAGAAGGCGAUCACCAAGACCCAGAAGAAGGGCGACAAGAAGCGCAAGAAGAGCCGCAAGGAGAGCUACUCCAUCUACGUGUACAAGGUGCUGAAGCAGGUGCACCCGGACACGGGCAUCUCCUCCAAGGCCAUGAGCAUCAUGAACUCCUUCGUCAACGACAUCUUCGAGCGCAUCGCCGCCGAGGCCUCCCGCCUGGCCCACUACAACAAGCGCUCCACCAUCACCUCCCGCGAGAUCCAGACCGCCGUGCGCCUCCUGCUGCCCGGGGAGCUGGCCAAGCACGCCGUCUCCGAAGGCACCAAGGCCGUCACCAAGUACACCAGCUCCAAAUAAAGGGAAAACAUUUUGUUUGAGAACUAAAGGCUCUUUUAAGAGCCAC